CAUAUUUUAUAAUGGUUUAAAAAAAACAAAAAAAAAAAAAAAUUUGAACUCAAAUUUCCGUAAACGGUUGGGGUUGUAAAGCAAUCAAAGCAAUAAAAUAUUACUGUGUAAACGACGUACUGCGAAUCCAAGAUAAACAUUUUAUAGAUCACCUACUUGAGCAAUUGUUGUAAUGUAUUAAAACUUUUUUUUUCUUUAUUAAACGCUUUGCACUUAAAACGUUUUAAUGAGUUUUUUUCGUUUAUAACUUUACAAACAUUUUACUUCAACAACUAUUUGUCGUUUAGUACGGUAACUGAAGUUUAAAUCCGUCAAAGGUUAUCUACAAUACAAUAAACAUCAAUAUUCGAAUAAUUAUCAGAAGGAUUUUAAUUAAAACUCGAAUAAAAUGAUGCCGUUAAUGCCACCCAGGCGACGUUUGGGUUCUGUUGGCGACUCGGCUCCACCCUCGGAAUCGUCUGAAGGUACUUCGUCUUUAGAUAAUAAUGAAAUGAUUGUUCACCCGGAAUGGUCACAAGCGUCACAACAUAACGCCACCACAGUAAAUUCAUUAUUUUUGAAUUCUGACGGCGAUGCCGAUACCCUAAGUACGGAUACAGCCAGUAAUACUAAUUUAUCUGACUAUGAACGCGGUCAAGUGGAAAGUUUCUUCAGCGGUUUAGGUACCGAGAUUUAUGUAAGCUCUUCCUUGGCUAACUUGUACGAGGGCACUGGCAAAGAAGGUGAUUGGCAUUUAAUUUUCACUGGUAUACCGGUAAUCUUACACGAUAAGGGCAAUGUCCGUUCAAGAGCUUUGGCUAAAGUAACAUUGGUCUUAGCCGAAAGAGGCUCUUGUUUUGCUUUAUGGUCGGACCGUAUCGAUAAUCUCUCAAAUUAUCGUGUAGCUGGACCGUCAUUUCAUACGAUGUGCUUAUCUACAAACCAUCAGCAAGUGAUCGGUUUCAGUUACGAUUCCACAGAAUCGGCCCGAGAAAUUUGGCAGCAAAUGGAGCGUUUGAUUAGCGAUCCUGAAAAUAUAGCCUUAUCGGUGCCGGGUCGGAAAAAUCGCAAACAAAAGCGUGCUAAACCUGCACCCUUACCACCAAAGUCACAAAUAUCACAUCCGUGCCAAUUUCAUCAUGUCACAAGCGUGACCAAAGAGGACAGCAAUCGUUAUUAUAGUAUGCAAGCAUUUGCACCGUUAGGUCAACGUUAAAGUAAUUGCAGACAAAAUAUUCAAGCGGGAGACGAAAAGAAAAUCAACAUUGAGAUGAAAAGUUGAUUCAACUCAAUUAAGCAGUAGGUUUAAAGCACAUACAUACAUACAUACUUAUUCAGAUACAUACACAAAAGCAUGAGGAUGGUCCUUCAAACAGGCAAUCAUUGCAAAAUAUUUCGAAUAUAAAUUAAAUUCUAAAAAACCUUAAAAUGCAGAUAUUAGUAUAAGCUCUUUGUACACUUUCCCGAAGUCGGUAGCACUUUUUUAUUUACAUUUUUUUAUUUCAUUGUUUUAUGUAAAAUGUAAGGUAAAAUGGCUUCUAACCUACGCUAUAGUGAUGAAAACAGUAGUGAAUACAAACUAAAAGCUUAACUUAAUUGUGAGUUCGAACAGAAUACGAAUGAAGUAAGAAAUUAAUGCAAGCGAAUUAACAAAAAAUGUAUGAUUUUCCAAUUUUUGAAAACAACCGACGAAUAUAGUGUGCUAACCAACGUGAUCCUGAAUGGAAAGUGAAAAAAUGUGAUCUUUUGAUAAAAAUCUGAAAAUUUUCAAAUAAAAUAUUUCCACGUCCACCCACUAAAAGAUUUUGGUAUUAAAUCGUCGCCCUUUAGUUUACGAGGCAACAUUUCUUCAAAUAAUGAAGCCAUGACUAGAAAAACGUUUCUAUAGUUUGCAAAUGUAAAGAGAGGGCUUGCCAGGGAAGAGCGAAUAGUUUAUUGUGAGUAUGAUAAAAUAAACAUAAAAUGAUCUUAAACAAGCAUAUAAUUAAAACGAAAAGCUAUACAAGCUUGCGUUCGAGUUUGGUUACCGAAUUGCACACAUAUUAGAGCCAUUCGCCGUCCAAUCUUACAUCUACUUCAUGUAUAUGAAUGUGUAUUGCAUUUGAUUCUUGAAUAGAGUUCAUUUAACAUUUCAAGGACCCAUCCAAUUUAUUGACAACUUAAAAGAAAAUUUAUAUUCAAAAAUAUUUAUCUGUGAUAUACGUAAACAAAAAUAAAAAUAAUUUUUUUAUUU